AUGACAUUAAUUACUAUAUCUCAAUCAUUAGAUGAAUCUUAUACAAAAAAUAAAGUUAUACCAGAUGUUAUAGAUGAAUUUGAUACUCAAGGUUUAUUAUCAAUUGAAUAUGGUCCAACUGAAUUAGUUACUUUAGGUAAUACAUUAUCAGUUGAUGGUACUCAAAAAAUUCCUAAAAUUCAAUUAACUUUGAAUUCUCCAACUGAAGAUGGUAAAAUUGAAUCAAUAAAUGAAGGUGAUAAAUUUAUUUUAGUAUUAACUGAUCCGGAUGCUCCAUCAAAUUCAGAUCAUAAAUGGUCAGAAUAUUGUCAUUGGUUAGUAACAGAUAUUAAAUUUUCAAAUACAAAAGAUGAUAAGGGAGAACCAGAAAUUAGUCAUUUCAUUGAUUUUAAACAAGGUCAAGAAUUACUUCCAUAUGUUGGACCAGGUCCACCACCAAAAACUGGUAAACAUAGAUAUGUAUUUUUAUUAUAUAAACAAGAUCCAAAAGUUGAAAAUUUAAAAUCAAAAGCUCCAAAAGAUAGGCCAAAUUGGGGUACUGGUAUACCUUCAAGUGGUGUAAAAGAUUGGAUUGAAAAAAAUGCUCCAAAUUCAAAAUUAUUAAGUGUUAAUUUCUUUUAUGCACAAAAUGAUGAUAAUUAA